UGUCUCAUUCUUUCCCGGUGAAAAAAAAAAAAACAUUAAAUAAAAAUUGGGGGGUAUCGCAUUAUCCUUUUUUUUCUUUUUUUUUUUUUAUCAUUGUAUAAAAACAAAACAAAAAAAUGUCCAAGCCUAAUACUCAAGAUAAUCAUGAUGAAACAUUGACCGAAAAGGUAGUGAAGGGAGAGGUAGAUUCUCUCGAAAGCAACGCUCGUUACCUUGCAUACGCUGGUCGUUUGCGUACUGCACUCGUCGCCUCAACACGUUAUUUAGCAUAUACUUCAGACGUCGGUGAAGCUUUUCGACCUAUUGUUCCUCCUGCCGUUGUCACUGCUGCUUACGGUAUCAGUUGGCUCUACUUGGGUUUAGAUGUGGGUUAUGAAGGUUACAAAUCUGUUCAUGCCGGAAAGGAAAAUACGGUGGUAGCAACUACGAUGGUCAAGCGUGGUAUUUUCCAAUCCUUGGCUUCGAUGGCCUUCCCUAUGAUGACAAUUCAUUCGAUCGUCAAAUACAGUGCUUAUGGCUUCAAAAAUGUAAAGAAUGUCAAGGUGAAAGCAUGGGGUCCCACUUUACUUGGUCUGGGUAUUGUUCCCUUCUUACCUUACAUCUUUGAUGAACCCAUUGAACAUAUUGUCGAUAAAGUAUUCAAGCCAAUUGAAGAAAAAGUGGACGCAUCUGUCGCCAGAGUGGCACAUAAUAAAGCAGGCGAGGAUUUACCUCUCCCCAUAGAAGAUAGAGUUCAAUUACAGGAAGAAACCAAGAAGGAUCAAUAAACAUUUAAUAAUACAUUGUUUUUUUUUUAUUUUCUGAUAAAAAUAAAUAUAUAUUAAACA